AUGUGCUUGAUCUGUAGGUAUGAAUAUUGGCCGGCGGUUUGGAGUUUUCCGAACGCUGGAAAACUUCUCUACACACCCGUCGCUGGUGGGGACGCGUCUGUAAGGUGUCAAGGUUGGAUUUUUGUCCUAGAAUGUUCCCCACGUCAUCCCGAGCAUGACGGUAUGCUCGGAUUUCGAUUUGGUUAUCAUUUGAUCAUCUAUUGGAUAUCGCAUAUUAGGAGUUAUCCGGGUUCGAUAUGUUCAGCCAGUUGGAUCGACUUCAUUCGCGGAUCGAGAAUUGGAGUCCCAGAUACUCCGAUUCAAUAA